CCAAGGAUGUGACAACAAAGGGAUAAAGGAAGCAAAAACUAUCAAACCUAUUACGAAAGCAUUUCGUCUGCACCCCGGUUCCAUUAUAUACACACACUUCAUCUUAUUCGUAUUCCAACAAUCCCAAACCUCUAGUUUCCACUUUCCAUCUAAUUAAAUCUCCACAAAAUUCCCAUUUGUUCAUGCUAGAAAUCUUGGAUAACCAGUUUAUGGUCUCAUUAUCCUUCAAGGAAUUUUGGCGACGAUACAACUGUCUUCCGUCGUUGUUACAAUGCUAUCGCUGCCAUUUAGGAAGAUAAAGGAAAAGGUUAUGAAAGGUGGUGGCAAGCGAAUGCUGAUUAAGAUAAAUGUCUUGGGAAGCUCUGGGCCAGUUCGCUUUGUGGUUAAUGAAGACGCGGUAGUGGCUGAGGUCAUUGAGACCGCGCUUAAGUGCUAUGCACAUGAAGGUCGUUUUCCGGUUCUAGGAACUAAGCACAAUGAUUUUUUCCUCUACACUCCGAUAGUUGGAACCGAAGCUCUAAAUUCAAGGGAGACGAUCGGAUCAUUUGGAGCAAGGAACUUCAUGUUAUGCAAGAAACCGCGACAGGUAGCAGCGGAGAUAACUAGGAAGAGGUCCGGCUGCUGGAAAUCAUGGUUUAAUAAAACACUUACUCUGAAAGUUACUCCUCAUUGAAUUAUCUGUAAUUAUAUGACUUAUGAUCGAUAUAAGGUUGGUUGUGAGUUGUGACUGUUUUCUAAAUAAAUAUGGUAUCUCCAUGGAAUCCACUGUUGCAG